ACUCUGCCCAUCUGAUUUCUUGUAAAAGGUGGUUCUUGGAGGAAAUACCGCCCUUGCUCUCGACUCAUUGGUCCCGCUGCGCGAAACUUUGGGAGGCGUUUGGUGAGUUUCAGUGUCAGCGACUGGAAGGGCAGCGAGCGUUGCCACUCCUUCCACAGAGUAAAUAAACCUACCAACUCCGCCUUCAAUCCGGAUAAAACGGUAUUGUUUGCAAAGCAUUUUGAACGGGCAAUUAAAGGAAUUAUCAUUAACUAUACUCACGAAGGCGGAAGAGAAAUACAGCACAGCUAGGUGACUGAUUUCUGGCACAGAGCUCCUGGGUCACGAUGCAAGGGAUCGGGAUGGUCGAUAAAAACAGCAGCGGGAUGCGCCGACUCAAACAGUGGUUAAUCGAUCAGAUCGACAGCGAUCAAUACCCGGGCUUGGUCUGGGAUGAUGACCAGCGAGUCACAUUCCGGAUUCCCUGGAAACACGCCGGAAAACAGGAUUACAACCAGGAGGUGGAUGCUUCCAUAUUCAAAGCAUGGGCCAUCUUCAAAGGAAAGUAUAAAGAAGGUGAGAAGGCAGAGCCUGCCACGUGGAAGACGAGGCUUCGCUGUGCACUCAACAAAAGCCCGGACUUUGAAGAGGUGACAGACCGUUCGCAACUUGACAUUUCAGAACCAUAUAAGGUUUACCGUAUUGUCCCUGAAGGACAGCAGAAAUGUAAAUUUGGCAAUCUGUCCAAUGAACAAGGUGAUAUCACUGAUAUGGAUUGUAGCCCACCUGGCUCGGAUGACCUCGUGAAGGAGGUUAUUGCAGAUUAUAAUGGUAUAAUAAAGAGGAGUCAUUCUCCUCCAGAGGAGGACCGUACAAGCCAACCACAACUAGACUGGUGGGGUCGACAAACCAUUGAAGACUCCAUGUUAUAUUACACCAAUAACUUCGGGCCCAUGCAACCUAAUUCAGGAUUUUGCCAAAUGAUAGUCACAUUUUACUAUGGGGGAAUUCCGAUGUCCCGGGUUCCUAUUUGUCGAUCCGAUGGCUGUAGAAUCACCGUACGUCAUGCUCCUCUCACCAAUGAAGGUCCAGAAAGCAUGGAGCAGGUUCUGUUCCCACCUACAAACAAGAUUGCGAACCCUCGGCAACAGCAGGUUACCAACAAACUCUUGACUCACCUGGAGCGUGGGGUGCUGCUACUGAGCAACAACGAGGGCAUCUACAUCAAAAGGCUCUGCCAAGGCAGAGUUUUCUGGAGUGGCCCCUGUGCACCUUUUGCUGACAGGCCGAACAAGCUGGAGAGAGACGCGAUAGUAAAGCUUUUUGACACAAAGCAGUUUCUGAAAGCCAUGCAUCUUUGCGCAGAGAACCCACAGUGCAUGCCCCCGAAUAACAAAGUGAUUAUAUGCUUUGGAGAAGAGUUUCCUGAUCUGAAACCCAUAAGCAAAAAAUUAAUUAUUGUGGAGAUUGAGCAGGUGAAAAGCAAACAGAUUUUGCAAACAGUGCUUCAGGCAAGGAAUUAUGAAAACAUUAACCUUCAGAUUUCCAAUGAAACAGCAGAAGACAAACUGAUUCUUCAUGAACUUUGCAUGAACAGUUAUGGGUACCCAAGACCUGCCUUCAGCGAAAACCAGCAAAUAAGCUGAAAAACUAUCUCUGCUUCAGUGACCUAAAGACUUGUGUAAAUUGGUAGCAUUAAAGGGAAAGUUCCUCAUUGCUGGUUGCUAAUAGCAUUGCCAAGGUACUCAAUCUCUAUUUGUUUUUGUUGCAGUUAAUAUUUUUUUGUAACAAUACUGCAUUGUUGUAAAAUAUAUUUUAUACAUUUAUUUUUUACUGUGAAAAAUAAGUCAAAGGAGUUUAUAUUAAAAAUUAGGCUUUGAACAGACUUGUGCCUGUGAUACCAUUCAUUGCUGUCAGGAGACUUGCGGUGAAAGAAAUAUUUAUUAUAUAUUGAGAACGAUGGAUUUCUAAGAGAAAGUUAGAAAAAAUUAUUUUCAAUGGAUUAAAAUGAAUCUAGUUUAUAAAUUGCACCUUUUUAUAAUUGCUGUACAAUUUUAUUGAUAUGAGUUUGCUUUUUUAAAACAAGAAAUCUCCAGCUGAAUUCUUAAACUUAUUAGCAGGCAAAACUUGCAUUUCAGGUCGGGCAGUAACUUGGAGAUGUUAGAUGUGAUAGCAGAAAUACAGCUUUGAUUGAAUUCACUGGCAUAAAUCUACCAAAAUAUGUGAUUGUGAGAAAGCUUUGCACUUCUUCUAUAUUAACUUCCCUGAUCUCAAGACAUUCCAAAAUAUUUUACAGACAAUUAAGUACUUCUAUUUUUAAGUGUGGUCAUUGUUAUAAUGGAGGGUAUUUGUUGGCCAUUUUGUGUUGCACAAGCACCAAUGGAAUAAUAUUUUAAUAAUGUUCAGUGCAGGAUAAGUAUUAGUUAGGAUACAGGUGAUAACUUUUCUGCUCUUCAAAAUAGCACUGUGAAAUAUUUGUCCACUUGAGAGGGGUGACUAGACCUCAAUCUAAUGUCUCAUCCAAAAUGUAGCAUCUCCAGCUGGAAAGCACUCCCUCAGUACUGCAUUGGCAUGUCAGUCUAUAUUUUUGUGCUUGGGUCUCUGAGGUAGUGCUUGACAACCAACCUUCCUGCUCAGCAGUUAGUUUGUCAUCAAUAAGAAGGCUGACGUAUGAGACCAGCCACCGUAGCAGUCAUUGAAAUUAGUGUCAUCCAUCAUGUGAGACUGUUUUGAAUAGUCAUAAAAUGAGCAUACCUUAAUUAAUGAAACAAUACAAACAUAUUGGUUCCAUUCUAGUUUUACUUUGAAUGCGAUUUAUUUUGCUGGCGAGGCAUUGAAUGCAGCACUAAUAUACCAGCUGCUGUGACAAAGGAAAACAGAAUCUUUGGAAGAUAAAUUGAUGGCAGUCUCAUCAGAAGCUACUAAGAACUCCUAAUUCUGCAUUGGAAUCUUUCUUUCCACACCCACCAAAGCUCAUAUGUUUUUUGUUCAACCCCAUUAUACAUGGACACACAAUAAAUCUGCCAUUUAAAUCCUCGCUAGAUUCCAAACUUGGCUAUGCCUUAAAAAAAAAUUCUGAUUUUUGACUACAUUAAUUGGAUGUCAGCUUCCUCAAUGACGGUUAUUUUUGAUGGAUUGUAUUCAUAUGCACUUCAGUUUAAUUCCUCAAAGAUGCUGUAAAGGUAACUAUUUUUGACCAGUGAAAUUUUUGUGUGCACAGUGAAUACCCUCAGCCAACACUCCUCUGUGCCUGCUGUUAACCUACUUAAUAAUGUUUCUGCUAAAUAAAUGCAAGCCUUUUGGACAUGCACUUAAUGCACACAUGCUAAAUUGGGCCAUUUAACCUAGCAUGUCAAUGCCAGUGUUUAUGACCCUUGCUUGUCAUCUCGUCUUGCUUUAACGCCUGAGUGACAGACUGUUUUAUUCUUUUCUCCCUAAUGUAUUUAACUACCUUCCUCUUGAAGGCAUUGAUGCUCUUCACCUCAACUGAACCAUAUGUGGUACAGGUUUCCAGAUUCUCGCCUUCCUCAUUAAGGAUGUUGCUCCUGAAUUAUCGAUGUAUUUAUUGAUGACUCUCUUACAUUUGUGUUAUCUAAGCAGUGCAGGAACAGUGACAGUCAGGAAAUAUAACCAUUAAAACAUCAGAUAAAUGGACGAAAUAACUUGAUUCAUGACUAAGCAAAGUUAAUGACCCUCAAAAUGAAAAGUAAAAAAAAUUAACUUCUGAUGUGGGGAAAAAAAUGGGGCAAUAGUCACAAACGUGAAUAAUUAAACUUGGUGCUCCUAUAUCUAUUGCUGCUUGCACAAAUACAACACCUCCCACCACUUAUUCCCACAAGACCUGAAUUAUAAUAUUCAAGUAGCUAUAGUGUAACUGAACAGUCCAGUUUUGUUCGUCUGUUUAUUCAAUAAAAUGUUCUAAGGCUA